UUCAGCAACAUUCGGACAAUAUGUGUGCUGCGCGUGUUGUUGGGCUGUAACUCAUGUGUGGAUAACAUGGAUUACUGUUGGCAGGGAGGGGAUUUGUAAGUGUGGUCACCCAAAGAUCCAGCACUGCGAUGAGGCCAUCAAACCGGAGGACUAUAUGGGGGAGCAGUGGGACAGACACAGACACGUCAGAGAGGUGCCCACCGAUGCCUUUGGAGAUAUCAGCUUUGGAGGACUUGGACAGAAAACCGGAAAGUAUGUUCGGGUGUCGUCGGACACGUCCUGUGAGAGUCUGUACCAGCUGAUGACAGAACACUGGAAACUGCGUUCACCGAACCUGCUGAUAUCAGUGACCGGCGGAGCCAAAAACUUCUACAUAAAGACUCACCUGAAGGACAAGUUCCGUCGAGGCCUCAUCAAAGUCGCCCAGACCACAGGUGCGUGGAUCCUGACAGGAGGGACACACGCCGGUGUGAUGAAGCAUGUGGGCAUGGCCGUGCGAGAUUACACACUCAGCAGCGGUUUGAUGGAGGGACAGAUCGUCGUCAUCGGUGUGGCACCCUGGGGAGUCAUUCACAACCGAAACGCACUCAUCCAUCCUGAGGGUUGUUUCCCUGCGUACUACUCUCUGGAUGAGCAGGGUCAGGGCCAUCUCUCCUGUCUCGAUAUCAAUCACACUCACUUCUUGCUGGUGGAUGAUGGCACUCACGGACAUUAUGGAGUUGAGAUUGAGCUGCGGGCCCGUCUGGAGAAACUCAUCUCUCAGCAAUCGCUGGGAAAUAGAGCGAAAAUUGUAUGCAUUAUAUGUAUCUGCACAACAGUAAGGCCUAAUUCACAUGGUUAUUCACAGACCAUCUACAAUGCGAUGCUGAACCACACGCCGUGUGUGGUGCUGGAGGGCUCUGGACGCCUGGCGGAUGUCAUCGCUCAGGUGGCGGCUCUGCCCGUGUCAAAGGUCACUCUGGUCCUUAUCAACCAGCUCAUGAAGAGGUUUUUUGUACAAGAGUACAAAAGCUUUACUGAGGUGCAGGUCAUUGAGUGGACCAAGAAGGUAACGGAUUUGUUGUUGUUGUUGUUGUUGUUAUUGUUGUUUUCUGGAAAACAAGACAAAAAUAAUGAUAUUGAAUUAAUAAUGAUAAGAAAAUUGGUCUCAGCCUCCAGAAGCGAUGAACACGCGGGGCGUCAGUCGUGGGAGAGACAGCUGGAGCUCGCUGUGGCCUGGAACCGGGUCGACAUCGCCGAGAGCGAGAUCUUCACCGAGGAGAGCCAGUGGACGUCGUGUGAUCUGCAUCCGGCCAUCUUUUCUGCGCUGGUGGGAGACAAACCUGAGUUCGUGCGUCUCCUGCUGGAGAAUGGAGUGUGUGUGAGGAAGUUUCUGGAGCAUGAGGACACGCUCUGUGAGCUUUACGGCCACCUGCCCGCCUGCUUCUUCCUGCGCAAACUCGCUAAAAGAGUCCAGGGUGGAAAAAUCCGCAGGGGUCAAGAGCCGCCGCCUGGAAGCACAAAGAUCUCCUUGAGUCACGUGGCUGAAGAAGUGCGCCACCUGCUGGGGAGUUUCACUCAGCCGUUAUACGAGCCGUCACGCUACAAGAUGACCGAAGAUGAUGUCCGUUUGAUGGUGCCAUCCAAAGGCCUGGUGGAUCUGCCGUGUUCAGGUGAAGAGUGGAGCGCAGACACGGUUUGGGACCCGGGACGGGAUCUGUUCCUCUGGGCCGUCGUGCAGAAUAACACAGAACUGGCAGAGAUCGGCUGGGAGCAGUGCAGAGACUGUAUCGCAGCCGCUCUGGCAGCCAGUAAGAUCUUGAGGAAACUGGCGCAGGAGAGCGGAGAGGACGACAGCGAAGAGGCAAAGGAAAUGAGAGAACUGGCCAGUCACUACGAGAAACAAGCCAUCGGUGUGUUCAGCGAGUGUCACAGCUGGGACGUGCAGCGGGCGCAGAAGCUGCUGAUCCGCGUCUCUCCGUCGUGGGGCAGAAGCACCUGUCUGUGGCUCGCGCUCGAAGCUGACGCGAAGAGCUUCAUCGCUCACUCUGGAGUCCAGGCUCUGCUGACUCAGAUCUGGUGUGGAGAGCUGUCUGUGGAUAAUCCACACUGGAAAGUGCUGCUCUGCAUGAUCUUCUUUCCUCUCAUCUACACCGGCUUCCUAACCUUCAGACGGGAUGAAGACAUCCAGAGACAGGCCGAGAGGACGGAGCAGCAGAAACUGGCCAUGGAUUCAGUCUAUUCUGGAAGCUCAGACAUCAAACUCAAACGGCAUUACCGCGGCUCCUCGCAGAAGCCUGAGCUGAAGCCUCUCAACUGCUCGUCUCGUCUGAUGAGUCUGUUCACGUCGCCUCAAGUCAAGUUUUACUGGAACAUCGCCUCAUAUUUUGGCUUCCUGUGGCUGUUUGCCGUGGUGCUCAUGAUUGAUUUCCAGGCCUAUCCGUCGUGGAGGGAACUUCUGCUGUACGUGUGGCUCACCUCGCUGGUGUGUGAGGAGGUUAGACAGUUCUAUCAUGACUUUGACGGGUCUGGUUUCCGGAGGAAAGCAAAGAUGUACAUCAGUGAUCUGUGGAACAUUCUGGAUGUGCUCUCAAUCAUACUGUUCAUUGCUGGUCUGGUCUGCAGACUUCAGGCCUCCAGUACUGUGUUCUAUGUGGGUAAAGUUAUUCUCUGCAUCGACUUCAUCAUAUUCUGUCUCCGAUUAAUGGCCAUCUUCACUAUCAGCCGAACUCUGGGCCCCAAGAUUAUCAUCGUCAGGAAAAUGAUGAUGGAUUUGUUCUUCUUCAUGUUUCUGCUCAGUAUCUGGGUGGUGGCGUAUGGCGUGGCCAAGCAGGGCAUUUUGAUUCACAAUGAAGACAGACUGAACUGGAUCAUCCGCGGAGCCGUCUAUGAACCCUACCUUAUAAUUUUCGGCAACGUCCCCACUAAUAUAGACAACACUCAGUUUGAUGUGGGCAGCUGUAGUGUGAACGGCUCCGAUCCUCUGAAGCCCAAAUGUCCCGUGCUGAACGAUGAUAACAUGCCGGCGUUCCCAGAAUGGCUGACCAUCAUCAUGCUGUGUGUCUAUCUGCUCUUCGCCAACAUCCUGCUGCUCAACCUCCUCAUCGCCAUCUUCAACUACACGUUCCAGGAGGUCCAAGACAACACAGACACCAUCUGGAAGUUCCAGCGCUACGAGCUGAUUAAGGAGUACCACAGUCGACCUGCUCUUCCUCCACCCUUCAUCCUCCUCAGUCACCUCAUCCUCUUCAUCAGAGGAGUGCUGCUGCGCUACCCUCCACAGAAACACAAACACUUCAGACAGGAGCUGGAGCAGACUGAGGAAGAGGAGCUGUUGUCAUGGGAGGCCUACAUGAAGGACAACUAUCUGGCAUCGACGCGGCAGGACGAGAGCCAGAGCGUGGAGCAUCGUAUCCAGGACACCGCAGAAAAGGUUGGCGUGAUGUCAGAACUCCUGGAGCGCGAGCAGGAGAUGGUUUCUGCCACCGUGACAAAACGACUGGCCAAGCUUGAAGAGCAGGUCUCAGAGUCCACCAAAGCUUUACGAUGGAUUGUGGACGCGCUGAAAUCUCAGGGAUGCAAAUCCAAAAUGCAGCCGCCUCUAAUGACAGGUAAAAGCUCUGACAGGGACGACGGUGAAUCUAGUGGACAGGAGACAGAUGAGGAAUCAGCUCCUCACACGUUUGCACGUCAGCUUCAGUAUCCCGGCAGUACCGUCAAACGCUUCCCCGUGCCUGAGGAGAAGGUGCCCUGGGAGGUAAACUUCACUCCAUACCUUCCUCCAGUUUACAAUCAACAGGACAGCAGCGACUCUGACACUUCAGUCUUGGACAAGUACAGGAAUCCAGGAGGAAGGACUGGGAUUCGGGGAAAAGGGGCUCUGAAAUCCCUGGGUCCGAAUCACAUUCUCCACCCAAUCCUCACCAGGUGGCGUGAUGCUGAACACAAGGUGCUGGAGUUUCUCGCCGUUUGGGAGGAAGCGGAGAAACACUGGGCUCUUCCUGGGGGCCCAGUCAAAGCUAAUGAGCCUCUAGCACAGACACUGGAGAGGAUUCUGGGAAAAAAGUUACAUGACAAGACCAAGUCUCAAAUAGAGGCUGGAGAACAGGUGGAGAGCUCGCUGUCGUCUCAUCAGCCUCUCCAGUGGCGGGAAGUGAGCAGCACCGCUUGUGUGUGUCCGUACCAACGAGAAGCUCUGCAUCAGAUAGCACAGUGUCAUAACACACACUUUUGACCCUCAGGAAAACACACACAUACACACACACACGCUACACCAGAAAUAAUGAGCGCAAACACACUCUACAAUCUUAUGUGUCUUUAAAGGUGUGUUAUUUCUGUGCCACAAACUGUGGAAGCUUGCUUCUGCCACAGGAUAAAAAAAUAAGAGGUAACUGCAACUUUUUAUAUUCUCUAAUUCUUAUGGAAUUGCGAGAUAGAAUUGCAAGAUAUAAACUCAGAA